GAGACGGGUUUUCGAACAGGAACAGGAAGUCAUUUCUCAAACCAGCAGAGGGCUGCCGAGCUGUGAAGGCUUCAUAAACCCCCUUCGAACGUCGCUGAUCGUUUGCAGUGUCGAAGUUGUGCUCUUGGAAAUUUGCCGGGGCUCGGAAUAGUCAAGACUUCAGCAUGCCGAACAUCAAGCUUCAGAGCUCCGACGGGGAAGUCUUCGACGUUGACGUCGACAUAGCGAAGGCGUCCGUCACCAUCAAGACUAUGCUGGAAGACCUGGGCAUGGAUGAUGACGAAGAUGAGGUGGUCCCACUGCCUAAUGUCAACUCGGCCAUCCUCAAGAAGGUGAUCCAUUGGGCCACAUACCACAAGGAGGACCCACCCCCACCAGAGGAUGACGAGAACAAGGAAAAGCGCACGGAUGACAUCUCCUCCUGGGACGCAGACUUUCUCAAGGUGGACCAAGGCACCCUCUUCGAGCUUAUUCUGGCUGCCAACUACUUGGACAUCAAAGGUCUGCUCGAUGUCACCUGCAAGACUGUUGCCAACAUGAUCAAGGGCAAGACGCCAGAGGAGAUCCGGAAGCAGUUCAACAUCAAGAACGACUUCACCCCGAGCGAGGAAGAACAGGUCCGCAAGGAAAACGAGUGGUGUGAAGAGAAGUGAGCUCUCCUGUGAUAUUGGUUCCCGUGCAAGCUUCGUUUAGACAUGGGUGCCACAGGUUUUUUUUUUUUUUUCCUCGCCCUUUACCACCACCUACCUGCCAACAAGUUUGGUUCGGCCAUUUUGCCCGCCUUCAGUUGUUUUUCUUGUCUUCAAAGGACUGCGCGCUCACUGAACAAGACUUGCAGAAAAAAAAAAAAAUUCGGGUUUUAUGGCACCCUGUGUACAGCAUUUUCUGGGAGUUCUGUUCUGUGGUUUUAUUAAAGUGAAGUUCUGACCCCAUGCGUUCUCUCCCUGGGAGAGUGCUAGUUCCCAAUAUUUGUCCACUGCUCGGGCAGCUAGCGGCCCUCGUUUGCGAGAAGAUGCUCUUCCUAGCUGCUGAAUGCUAGCAUAGCGAUGUAUGCAGCCUGCUUUAUAUAAUGUGCAAGAUGUGUAGGCUCUUUCAGCAUGUGUGCUCAGGUUUGAGUUCUGUGGGCGUUCGAAUAAAACUUCUCCACUGUA